AUGGGUCAAGUGUUCGACGUUGAUCUACUCCCCGUCACUCUUGGAAGUUUUGAUGUGGUCAUCGGCAUGGGCUGGUUGUCCAAGCAUCAAGCAGAAAUUCUCUGUAAAGAGAAAAUCGUGCGUAUCCCUCUUCCCAGUGGGGAAUCUUUGUCGGUUCAGGGUCAUCGUAGUGAUGCCAUGGUCGGCAUCAUCUCAGCUAUGAAAGCCCAGAAGUGUCUACGAAAGGGCUACCCUACUAUUCUAGCUCUUGUUACCGAUUCACAACCCGAAGAAAGGAAGAUCGAGGACCUUCCAGUUAUUCGUUCCGGUCAGAUCGAGGCAUUGAAAGAAGAGAACAUCAAGGCUGAAUACUUGUGGGGCAUGGAAAAGCGACUUGUGGAAAGAUCUGACGGCAUUCAUUACUUUAUGGAGUGGGGUGUUGUGCGCUUUGGGAAGCGCGAAAAGCUUAAUCCGCAUUACGUUGGGCCAUUUAAAAUCUUGGAACGUAUCGGUAAAGUGGCUUACAAGCUUGAGUUACCUGCUGACCUGGGUAAUGUUCACGAUGUCUUCCAUGUUUUGCAAUUGAAGAAGUGUUUGUCUGAUGAAACACUGAUUGUGCCGUUUCAAGAACUCAAGAUUGACGACAGGUUGCUGUUUGUCGAAGAACCCAUGGAGAUCAUGGACCGGGAGGUCAAGAUGUUUGUUGAUGUUGUGUUCUUGUUUAUGUGA